UAACCCCAGGGUCUGGGAGGGUUCGGGUCCAGGUCCAACCCGGGAAAGCCCCAGGGGGUGGUUGCAGCCCGAGUUGAUAUGGAGGGACGCACAGGAAGGUGUGGGAGGAAGGAGGGGGAGAGGAAAGAAGAGAGGGAUCAGAGACUGGGCAUGAUCCCCCUGCUGGGAGCUGCUCGCCUGCAGGGCUCGUAGAAGAAGCUGCUGCUGCCUCCCUUGGGAGCCGGGGCUGAGCCGCUGCUGCUCCCCUCCCAGCUGUGUCUGUGCUGGGGGGAGCCCUGAACUAACCCUCCUCUGUGCCCAGCCCGGGGGGACUUUCUGCAGGGGCUGGAACCAGCCGCGGGCUCUGCCGACACCAGCCUCUGAGCCGGAGCUUGCAGGACCCCCCGCCCCCCAAACACCUCACUAGACCUCAUUUCCCACAUGGACCAAGGGGAAGAGCCCAUUGCCCCAGACCCUCAAGAUUCUUCAGAAAAGGAGACACUGAGCGACUCCCACACAGCACAGGGAAUGACUCACGUUUGGAUUCAGAAGGGAGCUGAUGGGUUCAGAAGGGAGAAUGAAGAUGACAGACCUCAGCAGGAAAGUCCCAAGCAAAUGAAACUGCAUGGGCUGUUAUCAGGAAGCACCAAAGGGGAACUUUCCCAGAAUCGUGAAAAGGAAAAAGCCAGUGAGAGUCAGUCUUAUAAAUGCUCUGACUGUAGGAAAAGCUUCCACUGGAGCUCACGCCUUGCCAUUCAUCGGCGAAUCCACACAGGAGAGAAGCCACAUAAGUGUGCCGACUGUGGGAAAGGCUUCAAUUGGUGGGCACAGCUUGUCACACAUCGGAGAUGCCACACAGGAAAGAAACCCUUAACAUGCAAAGACUGCAGGAAAAGCUUCAUGUGGAGCUCCAUCCUUACUGAACACAAGAGAAUACACACGGGAGAGACACCUUACAAAUAUGACUAUUGAAGGAAAAGGUUUGCCUGGAGCUCAGCCCUUGCUGUACACAGGAGAAUCCAAGUGGAAGGGGAACCCUAUCAAUAUAAAGAUUGUGGGAAAAGCUUCUGCGUG